AUGUCUCCCCCUCUCCUCCUCACGCUCUCCUCCCUCCUCCUCGACGACCCCUCCCUCAACCCCUCCUUCCUCCUCCCCAUCGACCCCGUCGAUGUCUCAGACCCCUCUUUUACCUCUCUAGACCGCUGCUUCUCCUCGUCUACUUUAGACAUCUUCAACUCCUUUCUGAUCCCUGGCACUCCCUGCACAAUACCUCUCCCUGACCUCUCCCUGACCGACGACCCCUCCCUCGACGUCCUCCUGCCUCUCCCCGACGACACCGCUCCCGCAGACGCCUGCCGGGGCCCGCAGACCAGCCGCUGGGACGCGGCGGCGCGGAGCAAGCACAGCUCGGCGUGCAGGGGCAGGAGCCGGCUGACCGCGCAGGACAAGGCCGACAUCGUCUGCCUCUACUACUCGGCGCCAGUGUCUCCAACGGGGAAACGGUCUAUGCGGCAGCGAGACCUGUCGAGGAUGUACGGCAAGAGCCGUGCGGCGAUCAGCAAGGUGCUGAGGCCGGAGUACGCGAGGGGGGUCAUGACGGCGGGUCAAGGGCUGAUGGUCAGGAACCGCAACGAGGUCCUCGAGAGCAUCGCGGAGGAGGAGCGUCUGAAGGAGGAGCCCAUGCAGUCUACCUGGAUGGAAAUGAUGCGGCGAGGGCCAGGGGAGGGAGGGCGAGACAGUACAAGGAGAGCUUGUGAGAAGCAGAUCGACUCGUCUUUUGUGGUUCUGCUGGCCUUCAUCGUCUACAGCGUGAUGCUGGGCACCUACAACUACUACUUCUGCAGCUUCAACAAGUCGAGCACGCCCACGACGUAUGGAGCGAGUAUGGCAUGUGCGAAAUUGAGCGAGGAUCAGGUUGUCAAAAGGUCUCCAGGCCUCGACCAGGCUUGUUUCCUUCAAGCCAUCGCUGACGAUCGGGCUGGUGUUGGAGUCAAUGACCCUCAUGUUGUUGCCUGUGUCAAGGAUGAGUCAAGACGGCUGCGCUGCUUGAUGCAAUCGCUUGCGAUGGAGCGAUCCGUUGGGGCUUUGUGCCCUCGAUUGCUUCAUUGA